AUGGCGCCUCAACAUUUCGCUCGGUUGACCCUGUUCACCCGUGCCGGCUGUGGCCUAUGCGACACCGCCAAGCACACUGUGAUGCAACUCCAGAAACGACGGCCCUUCGAAUACGUUGAGAAGGACAUUAUGGACGCCAAAAACAAGAUUUGGAAGGAUGUAUACGAGUUUGAUGUCCCUGUUUUACACGCCCAGGCUGUCAAGAAUGGGCUACCUAGGGAGGCCGAGCUUUCCGACGCGCGGAAGCUAUUUCAUCGAUGGACCGAGCAGGAGGUCGAGAAGUUGGUUGACGAUGCAGAAAAGUGA